AGAUGGCGCAGAUUUAUUUAAAAACAAAACAAAUUGCUUAGCACAGUAAAGAAGAAUAGAGGAAAUUGUAUGUUGUUUCUGAAUGUUAUCUUAAACUUUAGCUGAUUAUAGAAGAUCCGAUCAUGAUUAAAACUGAGAAGAUAUUACAUUUGAACAGCUCAAAGGGUAGGAAGGUUCGAGUGGUCCGGGAACAUUAUAUGAGGGAGCAGGUGCCGUGCGGGAGCUCUCUCUGUCAGGCUGACUGUCAGAACGUUGGCAAAGUGCUGUCCAGGGAUGUGACCCACUAUGUGGUCCCGGAUGUUGGAGUGGUUCGGGAUUUUCUGGAGAUCCUGGAGUUCAGGGAGCUUCAGGGAAUCGUGUUGACCCAGACAGCUUACCAAACUGUUCAGCACACCCGUGGACGCAGGCAUUAUAACCGACUACGUUCUUUACUGAAGGAUCCUCGUCACGAUUGUGUGCUCUUUGCCAAUGAGUUUCAGCAAUACUCCUACUGCCCCAGAGAAAAGGGUGAGUCCCAGGACAAAUGGCAUACAAGAAAUGUGUACAAUGCAGCAGUUUGGUAUUAUAAUCAUCUGGCUGGACUCCAACCAGUGGUCAUGAUUACUGAAGACAGAGAUGCUAUUUCAGAAUUUAGUGCUUCAAACAGUGGAGUUUUUGUCAUUUCAACUCAGGAGUACCUGUUAGGUUUCUGGCCGGACCUGCAAGCUGCACAUGAUCUGUACCACUCCAUUGCCCAGACGCUUCAGGAGAGAGAGAAUGAUGGAGCAGAGAAAGUGUACACUGAACACCUGCCUGCAGAGGUGCUGGAAGCUGGCAUUAAAUCUGGAAUGUACAUCCAGGGGAUCCUCAGUGUGAACAAGCACCGUGCGCAGCAUGAAGCCUUUGUCCGUUAUGAGGGUUCAGCCAGCAAAAAUACAGAGCUCAACAGUGAUGUGCUAAUCAAUGGCGCAAAACAUCGCAAUCGAGCCGUGCAUGGAGAUGUGGUUGUCAUUGAGCUGUUUCCCCGUAAUGAGUGGAAGGGCAGGACUAUGGCACUAACAGAAGGUCAGGGGGAGGAGCGCCCACUAGAGGACACACAGAGUCAGCCUAUGCCCACAGGCCGGGUGGUGGGAAUUCUGCAGAGGAACUGGAGAGACUAUGUUGUGACUUUACCUCCUUUUGAGGAGAUGCAGUCCCAAAGCCGAAAUUCACAAAAAAUUCUGGUUGUUCCAUGGGACUACCGAAUCCCCAAAAUCCGUAUCAGCACACAGCAGGCUGAGGCGCUGCAGGACCAAAGAGUGAUUGUGCGUCUGGAUUCAUGGGAAAGUACUUCAGUCUACCCAAAUGGGCACUUUGUGAGGGUUCUGGGGAAAUCAGGCGAGCUGGAGACUGAGAUUCAGACCAUACUGGUGGAGAACUGCAUUCAUGUGCCACCUUUCUCAGAGGCGCAGCUGCGAGAGAUGCCUGUUAAUACAGAGGAGAACCCAUGGCAGAUGGACAGCAAUGAGGUUUCCUCUCGCCGGGAUUUAAGAGACUCUCACCUGGUGUUCAGUAUUGAUCCUAAAGGCUGUGAGGAUGUGGACGACACCUUGUCUGUGCGGACUCAGCCUGGGGGAAAACGGUUAGAGCUUGGUGUCCACAUUGCUGAUGUGACUCACUUUGUCAGAGAGGGCUCUCUAACUGACCUGGAGGCGAGGUCCAGGGCAACCACUUACUACCUGGCUGAUCGCAGAUAUGACAUGCUGCCUGCGGUGCUGAGUGCUGACCUGUGCUCUCUGCUGGGAGGGGUGGACCGAUAUGCCAUGAGUGUGCUGUGGGAGCUGGAUGCGGAGACUCUGGAGGUGUGUUCGGUCUGGUUUGGCCGUACUCUCAUCCGCUCCUCGUAUCAGCUUCACUAUGAGCUGGCCCAGAGCCUGCUGAAUGGGGAGGAGGUUGAGGUACCUGAGCUAAACCCACUCAAAGGCUCACAGCGGGACCAGAAAAUGUCAGAGCUCCUGCAGGCUCUGGAGACCCUGACGAGGGUGGCAAGGCACCUCCGGGCACAGCGGGAUAAAGGUGGCGCUCUGGAGUUGGAGGGGGUGGAAGUGAGGGCUCAGCUGGAUGAGGAGAAGAACAUCACAGCACUCGUGCCCAAACAGCCACUGGAGGUUCACGAGACUGUGGCAGAGUGCAUGAUCUAUGCCAACCACUGGGUGGCACGCAAGAUACAAGAGAGCUUUCCACAUCACGCUCUUCUGCGUCACCAUCCACCACCCAAGCAGGAGUUUUUCAAUCACCUGAUUGACAGUGCCAAGGCCCAUGGUUUCAGUAUUGAUACAAGAUCAAACAGGGCUUUGGCUGAUUCUCUGGAACGUGCUGUGGAUCCUCGGGACCCCCUGGUGAACAGGUUGUUGAGGAUGAUGGCCACCCAGGCAAUGUCUAAUGCCCUUUACUUCUCUACGGGAUCCUGUCCAGAGGAGCAGUAUUAUCACUAUGGUCUUGCUCUGGCUCGAUACACUCACUUCACCUCUCCAAUCAGACGAUACGCAGAUGUAAUAGUUCACCGGCUGCUUAUGGCUGCCGUUCAGCUGGAGAAAGACGAAUCGCCAAGCAAAACGUUGGCCUGUAACAAAGAGCUUGAGGAGCUGGCUCAACACAUCAACAACAAAAACAGAGCAGCGCAGCAUUCACAGAAGCAGUCCAUUGAGCUCUUCCAGUGCAUGUACUUCAGAGAUAAAGACUCACACACAGAUGAGCGCUGUGUGGCUGAUGCUGUCAUCUAUGCUGUCAGAGCAAACGGCUUUCUUGCUUUCGUGCCACAGUAUGGUUUAAAGGGAGCUGUGUAUCUCAAGGACAGAGAAGGUCAGGUGAUCAGUGUUGAUGGAGAUGGAAAGUGUGAGUGGAAGCCUGGGACAUUGCAGAAAUACUCAGACAAGAUCAUCACCAGCACGAGCACUGGAACCCAUACCUUUUACCUUUUUAACCAUGUUACAGUUCGUAUCUCUGUUGAACCCUCCCGUUGCCAUGCCGACAGCCUAAAUCUGGAGCUUAUCAGCAACAAGCCCCACUGCGCUGUGCAACCCGAGUCUCAGCCAGCUGGUGGAGGACGGUCUGGGCUGGUUGAAGAGGUGGUGCGCUGGGCAGAAGAAGCCUCGCUUCAGGCGGAAGAGCAGAGAGGGAGGAAACCCAAACUGAGCAAAGAGGAGAAGCAGUUCAGACAGAGUAAAACACCUAACCUCUAUGUCCUCUUACAGGAGAUCAGUGAACUCGCUCUGAUGGAUCUGUCCAUCUGCCAAAUCACUAAUUCAGAGGAACAGACUUGCACUGUGUCUUCUUAGCCUAUGUUGGUGGUGGUUCUAUUGUUGACUGGACAGAAUGUUUUGCACUGAGAGCUUUUGGGAUGGUUUGGUCAUUUUUGGUAGAUUCAGACCUUGUGUAGAGCUGCAUUGACAUGCAUAGAGAUAAACUAGAAAACAUUAAGGACUAAUUAAUCCAGGCUCCUUGGAUAUAUUUUUGGUGUUCUCAAUUGCAUUUGAUAGAAUUCUCAGAAUAAAUAAUAUGACUGCA